AUGGAACCUCAUUUAUACUACGUCAUCGCUUUAAUCGCCAUUGCAUCUGGAAUUUUCAAGUUCUUGUUAUACCCGGCAUUCUUCUCUCCCCUGGCGAAAAUCCCAAAUGCACACUGGUCCUGCAGUUUUAGUCCCUUCUGGAUCUUCUGGAUGAAAUGGACGAAGCAGGAGAACCGUCAAAUUUACAAUCUCCAUAUGGAGAAAGGUCCCGCAGUGCGGCUUGGUCCGAGCCUGGUCAGUGUGAACUGUUAUGAAGACGGGCUGAAGAGAAUCUACCUUGGAGGUUUCCCGAAACCGGACCUUUAUUUUAAUGGCUUUGCUGUGUACGGGACUGGCAAUCUAUUCACGAUCAAAGAUAAUAAAACACAUGCCGCACAUAAAAAAGCCCUGUCGGCCUGCUUCUCAAAGUCGUCCAUCCUGUCAUCCGAGACUGCCCGCGCCGCAUCACGAGAUGUCUUGUUCAACCGUGUUCUUCCCCUUGUUUACAAGGCUGCGACUGAGAACAAAGCAAUCGAGGUCAUCGAACUCAGUUACUCCUGCUUACUGGACACCUUUGUACAGUGGCAAUUCGGGCGGUCCCUGGGUAGCAACCUAGUCGAGGACGAAAAAGAAAGAAGAAUGUACCUCGAUGGAUUUCUUGGGGUAUCUGAAUACACAUUUUGGCAAUACCACUUUCCCGGCCUCAUCAGCACGCUCCAAAAGAUUGGGAUUCACCUUAUUCCUAAAAGCGUGGUAAGUGCUUUCGAGUUGGUCGAAAAUUGGAAUCUGGAAAAGUGCGAUAAAGCGCAGCAGCUCCUGGCAAGUGGGAAACAGUUAUCUGCGGAAGACCAACCAGUUGCAUUUGAACCGGCACUGAAGGGAAUGAGCGAGGUUGAUGCAAAACCCAAAGAGUAUCCCCAACGGUUGCCAUUGGCAAGUGACAUGUUCUCCUUGAAUUCUGGAGCUUUCGAAACAAGUGGCAACACCUCUACCUAUCUGUUUUGGGAGUUGAGUCGACGUCCAGAAUGGCAAACGAAGCUGCGAGAAGAACUGCUCGGUCUCAAUCCACCCUUGAAACAUGUACCCGGAAAACGUGUUGAAAUUGACGACAUCACGAACCCUCAGGAUAUUGACAAGCUGCCAAUUUCGCAUGCUGUAAUAAUGGAAACCCUUCGACUUUGGCCCUCGGUGCCUGGUGGUCAACCCCGGGUAGUGCCGCGGCCAUGUACCCUGGGCGGUUACCACAACAUCCCCGCUGGAACGACUGUGCAAUCAUACGCAUCCGUUCUACAUCGCAUGCCCAAUGUGUUCCCUGAUCCUUUUGAGUGGAAGCCGGAAAGAUGGCUCGAUGCAUCGCCGGAAGAGUUGGCCGUGAUGCGGAAAUGGUUCUGGGGAUUCGGCAGUGGUGGACGAAUGUGUCUCGGACUUCAUUUUGCGUAUUAUUCGAUGAAAUUCUUCUUCGCGGGCAUUUAUUCCAAUUUUACUUCCACUGUUCACGACCACGGAGAUAUGGAGCCGAGCGAUGGUUAUCUUUCAGGUCCAACAGGUCACCGUUUAGAACUGAAAUUUCAUCUUUUGGAAUGA